CGGGCGCUUCCGCGUUCUCGAGCGCGCCUGGUCCGAGUCGGCAGGGGGAGGGGGCGAGGGCGACUGACUGGGAUCUCGCCCGCGUCCCACUCCACCCGGCGCGACCCACCUGCGGGGGCCCGUCCGCUGCCUCCCAGGGGACCCGAUGGCCUCGGAGGGUCUGGCCGGGGCGCUGGCGGCGGUGUUGGGGGGCCAGGGGCUGAGUGUGCACAGCUGUGACUCGGAACCGGCCGAGGAGCCGCCGGCGCCGGUGCGGCUGCGGAAGAACGUCUGCUACGUGGUGCUGGCCGUGUUCCUCAACGAGCAGGAUGAGGUGCUACUGAUCCAGGAGGCCAAGAAAGAGUGCCGUGGGUCCUGGUACCUACCCGCGGGGAGAAUGGAGCCUGGGGAGACCAUCGUUGAGGCACUGCAGCGGGAGGUGAAGGAAGAGGCUGGGCUGCACUGUGAGCCUCUGACGUUGCUGUCUGUGGAGGAGCGGGGCCCCUCCUGGAUCCGCUUUGUGUUCCUCGCUCAAGCCACAGGUGGAAUUCUCAAGACUCCCAAGGAGGCAGAUGCAGAGUCCCUGCAGGCUGGCUGGUACCCUCGGACCUCCCUGCCCACUCCGCUGCGAGCCCAGGACAUUCUGCAUCUGGUGGAAUUAGCUGCCCAGUACCGCCAGCAAGCCAGGCACCCUCUUAUUCUGCCCCAGGAGCUUCCCUGCAGUCUGGUCUGCCAGCGGCUUGUGGCCACCUUUACCAGCGUCCAGACAGUGUGGGUGCUGGUGGGCACAGUGGGGAUGCCUCACUUGCCCAUCACUGCCUGUGGCUUCACUCCCAUGGAGCAGAGGGGUGGCAUCAAGAUGGCCAUCCUGCGGCUGCUACAGGAGUGUCUGACCCUUCACCACUUGGCAGUAGAGACCAAGGGGUUGCUUGGACUGCAGCACCUGGGCAAAGACCAUGCAGAUGGCAUCUGCUUGAAUGUGCUGGUGACUGUGGCUUUUCGGAACCCAGGUAUGCAGAGGGAGCCCCCAAAGGUUCGGGGUGAGAACUUUUUUUGGUGGAAGGUGAUGGAGGAAGACCUACAAAGCCAACUCUUACAGAGGCUUCAGGAAUCCUCUGUCGUCCCAGUCAACAGAUAGGAAGGUGCCAUCUCUGUGCAAGGAGCUGGGUGACGGUGCUCCCCCCACUGUGGCUUUGCUUUCCUCUGGGGGAAGCAGGAGGUUGGCAGUCAGGGAUCUGGUGGUGUUGGGAGCAGGCAGGUUGUCUGGUCCCCUGGUUGUCAGGGGAAUUUCCUUCUCCAUGGAGCUUGUCCCUACAUCGCACCGAAAGGACAGUGCCUUUAACCCAACAAGGAUUCCAGAGCUCAAGGACCUAAUUGCCCCAUGGGUACCGAUGAGGGCCCUCCUCCCUAAGGGGAUGGAUGUGAGAACCUUCUGAACGUGAGAUGGCUACUCGUCAUCAUGAACCUACUUGUCAUUUUCCAUGCUUGCCUCAGGAAAGGCCUACAUCUGAUUCUCAGGCGCUGAGAACAUGGACUGGGUGCUGAGGGAGGUCAUUCCAAGGGAGUGGGCCCCUUGCUGAGUAAAUACGUGGUACUUA